AUGACUUCACAGGAGAUGUUCCCCGAGUUGGGGCAGUCUCCUGCACCUGGCGUUAAAAGCCGCGGUGUCAGCCCCUCACCCCAUCAUCAUCAGCAGCCGCAGCAGCAGCAACAGCAUCAACAACAUCAAGGACAAUUUACGGGAACAGUCACUGGCUUGGAUCUUGAUCCUUCGAUUGCUGCAGCUAGUUCCUUCUCCAAUUCGUCCUUCGAUCCCAAUAGCAACAACAUCAACCCUUGCGCCGAAUCGUAUGGUUAUACUGCCGCUGGCUAUCUCUCAGGCACUCCUGCAUCGCAGACCGACCAGAACUACGCGAAUAGUCUUCAGAUUGCGCAAUCCUACGACACCGGUCUGGUUCCUCAGUUCAAUGAGUCACACGGCUUGUCGAUACAGCAGCAGUCGCAACAACCACAACACCAGCAGCCUCCCAUCGAUGAUAACUUCUCCAACCUCUUGAACUCCAAUACCACCGAUUUCGACUUUAACACCGUCUACCAGGAUCACAGUCCCAGUAGUAAUACUGCUCCCGAGUACGACUCCUCCCUUUUGCUUGACCCUCAAGUCCACCAGCAGGCGCAUCCGACCCAGAUACCCUCCUCCCAUUCCUCGACUUCUCCACAGAUCUCCCCUCUCGAGCAACAGCAGCACUCCUCACCGGGUCCGAUGUCACCCCAAGGCGCGACGACCGUGGCUUACUAUACCCCUCAGCAUUCCCGUCAUGCUUCCUUAGACCCCGCCACGGCGGCCUUCCUCACCAGUAACGCGCAUCCUGACUGGCAGGCUGUCAUGGGCAAUAGUGCCGCUUUCCAGGGCCAUCGACGAGCUCCAUCCGAGGUUUCUGAAAUUUCGUCCGCCGCUCCUUCUCCGUACCUCUCACAACAUGAGUCUUUCGAUGGCGUAGACAACAAUCCCUCUCCCCUUCUGGCGCCCCAAAACGAUCCCACCUUGUAUGAUAAUGCUCUUGGGAUCGAGAACUUCACUUUGUCCGAGCAGCAGCAGCAGCAGCAGCAUCAAGGGUUCAGCCCGGCGCACAGCCCGUACAUCUCUCCGCGGCUGAUGCCCCAACAGGGACAGGAAAUGAUCCCCAAUGUGCCAUAUCUCUCUGGCCCAGCUCCGAACACGCAGUAUCAGACACCUCCAAAUGAUAUGUAUGUCAAUGGCUCGGAGGGCAUGAUGAAUAUGCCGCAGGGGACUCAUCCAUCUGUGGACAUUGGCCAAGCCUCUCAAAUGGCUCCGCCGUCGAUCAACGUGGAAUUCGCACCUCCGUCGCGGAUCCCCAGCUUUGGACCUUCAAAACCGGCCAACAGCCUCGAUUCCUUGAGUCCUCCACCUUCGUCGACACGCUCUCGGGGGCGUAGCAAGUCUGAUCCAUAUGCCCAUCCUAGCACCACUCGGUUGCGCUCCUCGUCGACUUCGAGCAGCCUGGAGCCCCUUGCCCCUUCUACGCCUCGGUCACUUUCUCCAUUCGACUCUUUAGGACGUCAACAGCAGAGCAAUCCGAGCUCACGCGACCCGUCGCCGUCUAGAUCCAACCGACGUCUGUCGACAUCGUCGAUCGAUAGCCGCAAUUACAUUCUGGGCCUUGCGGAUCCCCAACGGCCAGGGGCUAGCCCCAAUGAUUCGAAGCGUGUCCAGAAACAUCCCGCAACGUUUCAGUGCACCUUGUGUCCGAAGCGCUUCACUCGGGCAUACAAUCUGCGGUCACAUCUCCGAACCCACACGGACGAGCGGCCGUUUGUCUGCACUGUAUGUGGCAAAGCCUUCGCUCGACAGCACGAUCGUAAACGGCAUGAAGGGCUGCACUCGGGCGAGAAGAAGUUUGUUUGUCAAGGAGAACUCUCCCGCGGCGGACAGUGGGGUUGCGGUCGCCGAUUCGCUCGGGCGGACGCUUUGGGGCGUCAUUUCCGUUCGGAAGCGGGGCGGAUCUGUAUCAAACCGCUGCUGGAUGAGGAGUCGCAGGAGCGUGAGCGUUCACUCAUGGACCAGCAGCAACAUCAUUUACAGCCACUUCCGCAGCAAGUGAUGGUACCCAUGGAUAACCCACAUGCUGGUAGUUUUGUGCUGCCUGCUGCGCUGCUGGCUCAAUAUCCGGCUCUCCAGACCCUGCAGUGGGAUCAGAUUGCCGCAACGGCGGAUGAUCCCAGUGACAUAGGGGGCCGUAGCAGCUUCGACGCCAGCUCCGGCAACGAGUUCGGCUUCGAGGAUGACGAUUCGGGGAUCAGCAGCGUGUCCGGUAUAAAUGCUGGGUACUCUGCUCCCGGUAAUUUCUACUGA